AAGUAACAUAACUAAACUUUCAGUGUCAGUGAUGAUCACACUAAAUCAUCACGGUUGUAUGGGGACCGGGCACGCGCACCCCGCUGCCUCUACGCUCGCUCACGUGCAUGUAAACACCUGACCGCUGCAGGGGAGCGAGCCCGCUGAUUCUUCUCAGAAACACAAACUUCUGCAGAUCCUUCCUGUUGAUUCCUCAGCUGUGUUAGCUAUGAGCGGGAUGGCGGAGGGGGACAUGUUUGUAUCGGAGGAGGAGCAGGCAGUGGACUGCAGGCGGCUGACCCGGCUGUACUGCAUGAAUGGCGGACAUCACCUGCAGAUCCUCCCCGAGGGGAAUGUGCAGGGCCAGAGGGAGGACGGGGACGCGCACAUUGUUUUGAAGCUCAAAGCUGUGGACAGAGGUGUGGUGGUCAUCCAAGGAACAGAAGCCGGGAGAUAUUUGGCCAUGAGCGACGAGGGCAGAUUGUACAGCUCACCCACAGUGACUGAUGAGUGUUAUUUCCUGGAGAAGUUGGAGGAGAACCACUACAACACAUACAUGCCUCAGAAAUAUCAGGACAGGAAAUGGUAUGUUGGGCUGAAAAAGAACGGCAAACCUAAACUGGGUUCAAGAACUCACAUCGGCCAGAAGGCCAUCUUCUUUCUGCCCCGACAGCUGUGUGACUGAGCGAAGACACUCAACACACACUGCAACUCAGCCUGAACCAAUGUGAAGCUGCACCACAGGAGGCUUUAGUUCAUCAACAUCCACCAUUUUAGUUCACUAACAGCGCCAGACCUGAAGGAGUGGUGUGGGAAUGGUUGAUGAAAACAACUAAGAAGUCAAGCUCAAAAGGAGACGAAGCUGCAACGUAUUUUAAUGUUAAUGUUAUGCAAUACUAACCAGCUAAAGCUAAAAGACUGCAUGUUGUCAUGUUUUUUCCACUUAAAAAAGUUCAUUUUUAGUUGGCAGCAGGGCAAAGAGCAAACAGUAUAACAGUAAUAAUCAACCAGUAUGAAAUCACUGAUUAAAGCUGAAUGUGUGGUUCUCAAAGUGAGCAGCAUUUGAAAAUAUUAAAUGGGAUGGGAAAAACACUAAGCAAUAAUAUUCCAUAUGUAUUGUAAUACUCGUAAAUGAUGUCCCGCCACACACUAUAUUUUAUAUAAUAUAGUAUAUCAUAUAGAAUUAAUUAAAUAUAUGUUUUAUUAUUAUAAAUGUCACAUUUUCUCAUUAACUACUGCACUUACUUUAAAGGAAAAGUAUUGUAACCCGUUGAUUGGGAAUGUUGUUAGAUUUUUGGAAGUCAUGAAUGUGUUUUUUUAAACUAUCUGCUUACUGUCUGGGAACAUAUUCUCAAGCUUCAGAUAUCUAUAUCUAUUUAUCAGUGUCUUAUUAUGCACAUGUACAUCAUGUCUUGUGAUUGAACUGUCUUAUAAAUAAACUACUAACAAUGUG